AUGACAACCUGCCCGGCCUUGCUGAAGGAAAAAGUGUUCCAGACGGGAGCCCACUCCUACAGAAUCCCAGCUCUGCUCUACGUGCCUCUGCAGAAGACCCUGCUGGCCUUCGCGGAACAGCGACUGAGCAAGAAGGACGAGCACGCGGAUCUGAUCGUGGUUCGCAGAGGAAGCUACGAUGAGACCACCAGCCAAGUCCAGUGGCAGGACCAGGAGGUGGUGGUGGAAGCCCAGCUGGAGGGCCAUCGGUCCAUGAACCCGUGUCCCUUGUACAACGAGCAGACGGGGCUCCUGUCCCUCUUCUUCAUCGCCGUCCAGAAGCAGAUUUCUGAGCAACACCAGCUCCAGACCAGGAUCAACGCCACCCGCCUGUGCCGGGUCGUCAGCACCAACCUCGGGAAAACCUGGACCCUCAUGAAGGACCUCACGGACAUAGCCAUCGGCGAGGCCCACCGGGACUGGGCCACGUUUGCUGUGGGCCCCGGACACUGCGUGCAGCUCAGCGACACACAGCGAAGCCUGGUGGUGCCGGCCUAUGCCUACCGGAACCUACCAGCGGGGAAGCGGCCCGUCCCCGCUGCCUUCUGCUUCAUCAGCCACAACCACGGGGUGACGUGGCAGAGGAGCGAGUUUUUGAGCGAGGAGUCUGGCGAGUGCCAGGUGGCUGAGCUGGGGUCGGAGGAGCGCACGCUGGUGUACCUCAACGCUAGGAGCAUGCGGGGAGCCCGGGUGCAGGCGCAGAGCGAGGAUCACGGCCUCCACUUCCAGCCUGCCCAGCUCGUGAGCCAACUCGUGGAGCCUCCACAGGGCUGCCAGGGCAGCGUGGUGAGCUUCCCCGGCCUCCGCCCGGGCCGGGGCGCCUGGGAGAGGUGGCUCCUCUACAUCCACCCCACAGAUGCGCAGCGCAGGACCAAGCUGGGCGUAUACCUCAACACACAGCCCCCAGAUGCCACCACCUGGUCGGAGCCCACCCUGCUGGCCACUGGCAGCUGUGCCUACUCCGACCUGCAGUUUAUGGGGCCCGGCCCCGACGGAUCGCCGCUUUUCGGGUGUCUGUAUGAGGCAAAUAACUACAACGAGAUUAUUUUCCUCAUGUUCACCCUCAAACAGGCUUUCCCAAGUGUAUUUGAGGGGAAGUGA